CUUUUUUGCUUCUUGCGCCCGCAGCAGCCAGCCCUCUGAGCCGGGUGUUUUUUUCGGGCGAACGUGUGAGACGUACGACAUUCGCCAAGCCGAUGCCGUCUGUUCGCCUCCCCUUCGGCAACGGCUUCACGAUGGAGUAAAAAAGGGCCCCGCCUGCGCGACCGGCAACAUGCUGACCGCGGUGGCCCUCUGCUUGCUAGCUGUCGCCGGCGCCUGCUCGGCGGACGGGAGUGUCGGUUGCUCCUUCGUUGAGACACUAUGCGAAGAGGACGAAUUCUGCUACGACGACGGUCUGUUUGGCCGCUGCGAAAGCGUGUCCCGUCUGGGCGCGGCCGACCUGUGGCGCCCCGAGCUGGGUGCGAGCGGCGCCAAGCUUCUGGAGUCCGAGCUGGAGCGCCUCUGGGAGCAGGGCUACCGGUGGCACCACGUGUACAGCCAAUGCGUGGUGCGCUCGGCCCUCUCCGCCAUUCGCCACGGGCGACUGUACGACCCGGGAUUCUGCGCACGGACGCUGCGCAGCACGCUGCCCAUUGUGUCGGACGAAAUAGCAAUGGAGCUCGAGCACCUGAGCCCAGAUGACUUGGCCUUCAUCAAGUUCACGCCGAACAGUGACCUGAAAGAAGGUGCCACGCCCCAGUUCGCCGACGAGGUGUACUUCCCUCCUCUGGACAGUCCGGCCGUUCAGGGCGCUUUCCUCACGUCCGGAGAAGUUCUGACCAGCGCGGAGGACAAGGCGGACGCCGCGGCCGCCGCUGCCGCCUCUCUCGCUGUCCUCAAAGACGCCCUCAAAGCCCAGGCAAUGAAGAGGAAGACUAAGAGCCCGGAGGUGGCCAAGGACGACUCGAACGAGACUGGUGAUGCAUCGGCAGAGAGCGAGGACGUCGUGGGCGUGCUGAACUACCUGCGCCAAGUGGCUCAAGACACGGCAUCGUUGCUGGACGAAAAUAAGGACCGCUAUGAUGUCUUCAUACCACCAGAUGUUCCCGUCGUGGAGACGGAGCUAUCGUCAGAUCUAGACCAGCGGCCAGUCUUUACCGAAGAAGGCAUCCAGUGGGUACCGCUGGAUCGAGGAGGCGAAGCGCACGCCACAGCGGAGACCGCGGCGGAGCCGGCUCAAGUGGCCACCGCACCACCGGCCGCCUCGGUGUUGCCUGAAGGGAGCGAACUGAGUCGUAUGCUGGACGAGGCGACGUCAUCGGAUGACUCCGCAACUUCCUCGCGGAAUGGCGGCGGCAGCUCGGCCGGCGUCGCCGCCUCGGGUACCGACGCGUCUUCUUCGUCCGCUGCGCUGGAUAGGCCAGCGGCUCCGUGGGAGUCCAAGCCGCAUGGUUGGACCGACAGCCACGAGGACGCACUGAGGCUCGACGGUUGGAUGGAGUUCCCGAAAGAGACGCUCUAUCCUGCUGGAGCUUACGAAGGCGAUGAGCUGCUCGACAUCGGUGUGCGCCAAGACCCAGCGUUCCGGCGUCCCAUGCGUUACGAUACCAAAAAGCCUGGGCCAACGUACUUCUACCACGAGCCAGAUUCAUCUGAGACCUCGCUGGAAAACGUGGAAAACGUUCGCCGGAUAAUGAUGGCGCAGCAGCAACGCAACAAGAUGCGCUUCGGGACUCAGGAUGACGUCGGACAGGAGGACGCCGUGCUGGACCACCUCAAGGAAGUCGGUCAAGCGAAUGGCAAGCGCCAUGGUCUCCCCCCGAUCGGCUCCAAGGAGAUGCUGGAGCACAGCUACCGGGGAGCGCUUGAAGCCGGACCCACACCGGACGGCUUCUACUCGGCGCUGGACUCCAGCAGCGCAUACGUCGUCCUCAACGAGGCCCCUUCGUCGCAAGACGAUGCCGACAGACUCGUGACUGCCCUGCAGAAAGCACUUCUUCUGCCGUCUGGUACCUUUUCCAACGUUCGUUUGGAAGGCAACCGGGUGAGCUUCAAGGUGAAUCCCAACUCCCAGAACCUCAACGCCACAGCCGUGGCUGCCAAAGCAGAGAGCCUGGCUGACGUGCUGCAUCAGAACUACACCAUUGUGGCGGCAGGCGUCGUCGGAGAGGCACAGCUGGAACUUGUGCGUCCCAGCGAUGGUCGGAUGCUGGUGGCAACGCUAGUAGCCUGCGGAAUCGUGCUUGUGCUGGUGGUCGCCGGAUCCGUGGCGUACCUGGUGCGUCGUGCCAGCCUGCGAUCCAAGGAGAAGUUGCACGGACUCGCCCAGCCGGACACUGAACCAAGCCAAGACUAUCAGGACCUGUGCCGCCAGCGCAUGGCUGCAAAGAGCCACGAGAGCGCCGAGCCGGUGCACGUGGCCACGCAGUCGCCCAAGCGAGUCAGCAGCCUGUCCCAGAGCGAGCCGUCCCAGCCCGGCUCCAGGUCGUCCACGUCAUCCUGGAGCGAGGAACCGGUGACGUCUAACCUGGACAUUUCCACUGGCCACAUGAUCUUGUCUUACAUGGAGGACCACCUAAAGUGCAAGGACCGGCUCGACCGGGAGUGGGAGGCGCUGUGCGCCUACGAGGCGGACCCCUGCUCCACGGCGGUCGCCUCGCUGCCUGCCAACAUGAAGAAGAACCGCUACCCGGACAUCCUCACUUACGACCAUUCACGAGUGAUCCUCAACGACGUCUCCAACGCGAACGGCUCUGAUUACAUCAACGCCAGCACAAUCACGGACCACGACCCACGAAACCCGGCGUACAUCGCCAGCCAGGGUCCCCUGCCUCACACUACGGCUGAUUUCUGGCAGAUGAUCUGGGAACAAGGCAGCGUUGUGAUCGUGAUGCUGAGUCGCCUGAUGGAGAACGGGGUCGCCAUGUGCCAUCGCUACUGGCCCGAGGAAGGGAGCGAAGUCUACCACACCUACGAGGUGCACCUCGUCUCCGAACACAUCUGGUGCGACGACUACCUGGUGCGCAGCUUCUACCUCAAGAACCUCAAGACCAGCGAGACCCGGACAGUGACACAGUUCCAUUUCCUUUCGUGGCCAGACAACGGUAUCCCGGCUUCCAUCAAGGCUAUCCUGGAGUUUCGAAGGAAGGUGAACAAGUCGUAUCGUGGACGCUCGUGCCCCAUUGUCGUUCACUGCAGUGACGGCAUCGGAAGAACGGGAACCUACUGCCUGAUCGACAUGGUCCUGAACAGAAUGGCCAAAGGAGCAAAGGAAAUCGACAUCGCAGCCACUCUGGAGCACAUGCGUGACCAACGAGCCGGUAUGGUAAAAACCAAGGCCCAGUUCGAAUUCGUCCUGAUGGCCAUAGCCGAAGAAGUGCACGCCAUCUUGAAGGCGCUCUCGCACUGAGACGCCUGUCGCCACUCCGGCGCGCGCGAGGACGGGCACCAGUGGAUUCCGCACCAGUCCCAGACGAUCACCUCACUCGUUGCAAGCCUGGUGACGUGCCUCCCCUCUUCGACUGAAGGACGAAUGUCAGCGCGCUGAUUUGAUAGGCGUGUCUUUGUCUGCUUCCUUGUACUUCUGCUCUGUUCGUGAUUUCUAGGUUUCAAGAGACGGCGCUGCAGCGACGUGAUAUUUGGUCGUAUUUCUCUUUGUCGUACGCUGGUCCGCACUCUGCGAUCGCAGAGUACGGUUCAGUGUGAUGUGGCUGUCAUUUACGUCGCCUGCUCUUUUUAUGCCUCUCCCAUUUUGUACUGCGUUACUAGCGUGGACGAGGUUUCACCACCGGUUCAGAGCUAAAGACGAAAUAUUCUCGCGUGUUUAAAAUACCUGAUAACUUGCGGAAAAUGUGGGUCAUCUGCAAGUAAAUUUAGCAAAUUUCAAAUCAUCUGGCUCACAGAAGGACCAUUUAACGAAGUCUGCAUAUGAUGUCGCUUCCAAAUGCGCGUGUCCUUUUGAAGCUCCAAAGUAUAUGCAUGCGAAAGACCGUUUAAAGGCUUUGUCCACAAUAUGGCCUGCUUCGAUGCCUUGUUUGAUCAAUGAUCAAUUUGAAACAUGAUUUGCGCGCAGUUAUGAACCCGCAACGUUGUUUCUGACGCCCCUAUCCACGCUGGGCAUGCCAAAAAGCUCUCUAAACUCUGGGCCACUUGCCUAACUACUGCGGCGGCGGAACUAACUUGGUUGACGCCGCAGUAGUGGGCAAAUAUCAUAUUUGUUCGCUGUCUUGUUUAUUCCCUCCCUCGCUAUUCUUAACUUUUUGAAGUUAAAUGUGGUGCUCGGGGCACAAGUUCAUCUCUUUGCACGAGUAGCUUUUCUCUCUUUGUGCUGCUGUAUCUUUCUCACUUUCGAAAGCACGUUGUAUUGCCAGAAAGCUUUCAUUUACGCCCACCUACAUCCUCGCGUCGAGAGGCAGACAAAGUUGUACGAACGUUGCGAGAACGUAAAAUAGACAAAAGUGACACCGCGCACGGCACGGCCCGACAGACAGGCAGGUCGGUCGGUACUCACCGGUAUAGGUGGUGUUCAAACCCAAGCCCAAAAUGGUGGAUUAAAAUAGAGAAUCUUAAAAGACGUGCUUUCGCAGGUCGAAUUCGGUGGAAGGUAUUGCCAAAGCGAGAAACAGGUCACAUGCGUUGGUUUUUCUGAACACCACUUAUUCGAGAAAGCCUCCGAGACUCGCGGACGAGUGUGUGCACUGAUGGCGUCGAAUCGGGAGAAGCUAGCCGGCGCAGCGCGUCUCAGCCGCCAACUUCGCGUCACCUUUGUCCUCCUGAAGUUUUUUUUUUUUUUUUUGCUCCACAGCAGACGUCCGCAUUUGAACAAUCGCGACAUGUGUGUGUGUGUGUAAAUCUCAAGACGGCAACCUGAGGCAUUCGCUCGGGGAACGCCCGCCGUGUCAGCCGAUGUUGUACUGUGAGCGCCUUCACGCACAUGCAUAUUUCGCCGUCGCUGCUAUUCUUCUGCGUAUGCAGUCCACCUGUGUUCAGCCUUCCGAAGGAGUCGACCAAGCGUUUAUUGGUGUAUAACUUACUUACCCAAAGCCAAGCCCCCAUAGCACAACUCCCCCCCGCCCUCCCCCAGCCGCUUGUUUUUCCGCUCUCUUGAUCUCGCACUUUCCCAAUGUUUCCCACUAGCCAAAUUUACGUAGCUUGAGAACUGGAUAUAUUUGUAUUCGUAUUGCGCUGCAACCGACCAACAAGAAAACAAAAAACAAAAAAUACAAAAAAACAUGAAUGCUGUAAACACGUGUGUCUGUAGUGUCUAUACAUAGUGUUGCGUGUACAAACCCAGCUCUCUCGGAGCGUUUCCAGGAGUCGUUGUAUAUGUUUCAUGAUUACUAAGUAUUCAAUUUCCCAUGCUUGAAGGAAAGAAACAAAAGAAAGAAACAGUUGGACACUGACAUAAAUGUACGUAACGCAUAUAUUUGCUGAUGUACAAACUAUUUUGGAGCACCCUUGUGAAGAAGAAACAAAAAAGGACUAUUUUUGGCCCCCUCCGGGGCGCUUGUCGGGUGUGGAUACGCGUCAUGCCUCUGUUAGUGCUGCUGUGUGCGCGUGAAUGUUUCUGUUGAAAAAAAAAAACACAAGUUGUGUUUUUACUCCCAAAGUCUCGUGCGGAGUUUGACACUGCACGUGAGGAGCAAGGUGAACAUGUGAUACAGAGUUUUAUCGAGCGUUGUCAUUCUGGAACGUAGCUUGUAGGAGUACUUGCGCGGUUGCAUAGAGAGAUAAAUCUAAGAUAUCUUGACUGUUGAGACGUUUCUGAGAGAUUUCAAAUGGAGGAUAGUGAUUUAGACACGUGAGGACGCAUAAAAGAAGGCAUUCAAACAGUGACCGUAAGAAUCUGACCAGGCAGGGCCAAUGAAGUUACUACUGUCCAAAUAUUGCAGCGGAAGAACCCUGUGCGUUAAUAUAGAAAAAAUUACGUAAACAGAAGAGCAUGGAAGACAAAAGGUAUUGUAGUCACUUCAGCAUCUUACCAGGUUUUUUCAGCUGAUGGUUAGCUUAAAAGUAUAAGCAACAUGGACGGCUAUUUGGCUCUGAAAGGCGCCCUCAGUGACGAUAGUCGCAAAAGAAUAAUCGUAAUCGCAGGCUACCGCUGCAAGUGAAGAACUCUUGUGAGAAAAUCCGAGUCAAUCGAAUGGAGAUUUUGACUUGUUGGUAUGCAUAACGUUACGCACAAAUGUCAAAUUUAUAAGGUCUGUUGAACCGAAGAAAACGCAUUGCAAGUUUGCCACUGGGCGUUCGAGAUGUCUUCCCUCGGAUACGAAAGCGGGUUAAAGUUUGCUUCACUUGUUUAGUUGUUGAAUGCACUUCUUAAGCACAUCACCUGAAUGUCACAUAGAACAGUUUAUAUUUACCUCAAGAGAACUAUACUCACGAAGCGGGCAGCGAGCCGAAGUCGGACAUCGUUUUGUUUCCUAAGUGUACUGGCGCACCAUUAACGAACAAAGUUUGCUUCGUUGCAGCUGCAUUUGCAUACUUUCAACGUCUCGCAGCAUAUUAGCAGACAGGAAGCUUUCCGUCACAAAUUGUCUCGACAAAAAUUUUUCUUUUCGUGCGACAGCACUGCAUUGUCGUCUACCUAAUGAAGGAAAUGCACAUUUAUUUCGUCCUAAAGAAGAACGGCAGAUGAACAGCUGAACGAGGUCUGGGCGAGUGCCAACGUCUUAUCAAACAGCGCAGUUACCGGUGAGCUGUCGACAGGUUAGCCAACACUGUAGUUCGACGCGUUUCCUCAGUCUUUGCUCCCUGCCGUCAAUGAAUAAAACGGCAACCCACUGGAGGCUAUGGUAAAAAGAAAAAAAUGAAGGAAACUAGACGCCGACGUCACGUCGACAUCAUGCAACCUUAAUCGGAUCAGUCGGUCCAUGUACUCGCGCUCGUUUCUAUGCAUACGGCCACGGUCACUCUUGACGUCAUAGCUCGUGGAGCUACGUAAUACAACACUACCAUGCUGUUAUAGCAGGGCCGUGUCAGCCAAGUACGCCCGUUUCGAAAACGAGUGGCUGCGCUUGCUUCGGCGAUGGUGCGAAGCUGCCAACUCGAGGAGACUUCCCUCAGUAGGAGAAAACAAAAUCGGGUACAUCAAGUCUGACGGUGGCUGUAGGCAUGAUCUAUCACUGUGAAUCGGGCCCAAUAUAAUCAAAACGAAACUCUUCUGUUCGCGCAGUAGCGAGUGAAUUUUAAGAACAAGAAAGAAUUGAAGAAAACUAAACUGUGUGCAAUGAGGAAUCCGACACUUGUUCCAUCGUAGCACUGUCGAAACGUCCUCACCCAUAGACCCUCCCACAUAUUACCCUUCAAUAAAAACUAACCUCAUAA